AUCAGUAAGAGUAAGCACAGCUCACACUGCAGCUUCCCCCUGACCUGAGGCUCCUCUGCUCACACACAACGCGAGCGUCCACCUCUCUGCUUAACGCUGGUUUGACCUCCACGCCGUUAAAAAACACCAGCAAUGACAGAAGGGAACAAUAUGACGGACGGUGAUGCCGCCGGUAAAGGUGAGGGGGCCGUCGGUGCAUCCGCAGAGGACACACAGCCGGAAGAGGACAAGCAGGAGAACGGGGAGACUAAACUGACAGUCCCGCAGCAGGCGGCGGGUCCCGGAGCGGAGGAGGUCGAGUUCGUGCACCCCGAGGGCGGCUGGGGAUGGGUGGUCAUGCUGGCCGCCAUGUGGUGUAACGGCUCGGUGUUCGGGAUCCAGAACGCCUUCGGUAUCCUCUUCCUCUCUCUCCUCCGGGAGUUCGGCUCCGAGAACGAUGACGACCUCCGCUUCAAGACAGCAUGGGUGGGCUCACUCUCCAUGGGGAUGAUCUUCUUCUGCUCUCCCAUCGUCAGCGUCUUCACCGACAUUUUUGGCUGCAGGAUAACUGCAGUGAGCGGAGCUGCGGUCGGCCUGGUUGGCCUCCUGGCCAGCUCCUUUGUCACGUCCCUGGGUCCCAUGUACUUCACCUAUGGCAUAGUUUUCGCCUGCGGGUGUUCUUUUGCCUACCAGCCCAGCCUGGUCAUCCUGGGCCACUAUUUCAAGAAGCGAUUGGGCCUGGUAAAUGGAAUCGUUACUGCUGGCAGCAGCGUCUUCACCAUUACUUUACCGUUUGCGCUGUCGGGCCUGCUGGAGAGAGUGGGCCUUCAGAACACCAUGCGUGUUCUCUGCAUCCUUAUGUUUGUGCUGAUGCUGGCUGGCCUCACCUACAGGCCCCUCCUGCCUGUCACAUCCACUAACACACAGACUGGCAGAAAGUUCCCCCCCAUGAGCAAGGUCUUCAACCUCAACAUCUGGAAAUCUUUGGGAUAUCGCAUUUGGGCCUUCGGUAUCCCCGCCGCCCUCUAUGGCUACUUUGUGCCCUACGUUCACCUGAUGAAGCACGUUGAGGAACGUUUUGGACAAGAUGCCAGUAAAGAGGUUCUGCUCAUGUGCAUUGGCAUCACGUCCGGUGUGGGCCGUCUCAUCUUUGGCAGAGUGGCAGACUACGUCAAUGGAGUAAACAAAGUGUACCUGCAGGUAGCUUCCUUCUUCGUCAUUGGUCUCAUGUCCAUGAUGAUCCCCCUGUGCCACAUCUUUGGUGGGCUGAUUGCCGUGUGUCUGCUGAUGGGCUUGUUUGACGGCUGCUUCAUCUGCAUCAUGGCUCCGAUCGCGUUCGAGCUGGUUGGGGAUAAAGACGUGUCUCAGGCCAUCGGCUUCCUGCUGGGUCUGAUGUCCGUGCCCAUGACUGUGGGCCCUCCCAUUGCAGGCUUCAUCAGGGACCGACUGGGCAGCUACGACGUGGCUUUCUACCUGGCAGGCAUCCCACCGAUCAUCGGAGGAGCUGUGCUGUGUCUGAUACCCUGGGUCGAGGCCAGGCGCAAGAGGAUGGAGAAGAAAGUCCUGAGCAAGGAGCAAGACGUCACCCAGACGAUGAUAGAGCAUGAGAAGGCUCGGGAGGAUGAACAAAGCAAAACUGGAGAGUCUGUCCUCUAAGUGCUACUCUGAACAGACUGAGAGAGAGACAUGCAGCUGACCGGCAGCAUUAACAUACUGUGUGUUUGUGUGUGUGUGUGUGUGUGUGUGUGUGUGUG